AUGAACAAAUUUGGAAACGCUGAUGAGGAAGACUUUGAAACAAUGGCAGAAGUAAUCGAUGAUAUGAUCAAGGCAUCUUCUGCACUCGUGCUGGCUCGAUCUCAGUUAGGUGAACAUAAAUGGAAGUUGACUAGUUUGGCAGACUACGGCAAGCAUAAGGUCGACUUCAGCCUGCGUGGUGUGCCCGUAGUGGGCCAUUUCAUCCAACGCGACGCAGAGAUGCGAGAUCUGGAGCGGCUUCUUCUUGAACAUGCAGCCGAUACCAGCCGUCAAAAGGUCGUUGUUCUCCACGGCCUCGGAGGCAUAGGCAAAACGCAGCUGGCAGUCGAGUGCGCGCGGGAACACCAUCGUAGAUUCAGUAGCGUCAUCUGGCUGGACGGGUCGUCAAAGGCUAGUCUGAAACAGUCGUUUGUAGGCAUGGCGCAGAGGCUACCACAGGACGAGCUAACGGCAGACGGCGUGGAGAUGCUGGGACAACCUGCUAUUGAUGGUGAUGCGGCGGUGCGCGAAUGCCUCCGGUGGCUGUCCCUCCUGUCGAACCGCCAGUGGCUCUUAGUCUUUGACAAUGUGGACCGCGACUUUCACAACCAAGAUGAUCCGCAGGCAUAUAAUGUAAAAGCCUAUUUCCCCCAGACAGACCACGGCUUGAUUCUCAUCACGAGUCGGCUAGCUAGCCUGCAGAGGUACGGAUUGGGGAUCAAGGUAGGGACAGUUGGCACGGAACAGGCAAGAGCGAUACUGGAGAAGAAUGCUGGACGGAUGAUCAAGGACGCCGAUGCCAUUCUCGACCGACUCGACGGGCUUCCUUUAGCCCUUACUCAAGCUGGCUCGUACAUUCAAGAGACGAACAUGUCUGCAUUCGACUAUGCAAAGCACUAUGAUAGCACCUGGGAGCGGCUGAUGCAGAGCCAAGGCCAGCUUCCGCUCGAGGAGUAUGGCGACCGGAACGUCUUGACGACGUGGAUGAUAUCGUACGAGCAGGUGCAGAAGCAAAGCGAGGAAGCGGCGUGGCUACUCAAGCUGUGGGGAUUUCUGGAUCACGGCGAGCUCUGGUAUGAGCUGGUUGCAGCUGGAUCAAAAUUCCCUGAAGAUAUAGAUACUCCGACGUGGCUUCUUGAAAUUGCAGAGGACGAGCUGGCAUACACUAAUGCGGUAGGCCUUUUAUCGCGUUACUCGCUCGCGGAUGCAAGGGAAGACAGCAACAGCCAUUCGAUGCACUCGGUACUGCAUCGAUGGUGCAAGCGGCUGGCGGAGAACGAGGAGCGAUACGAUCUUGGCUGCAUAGCGGCGGGAAUAGUGGCAUUGAAUGCGCCAUCUGAAUCGGAGGCGGAGUUCUGGAAAAAGCGGAGGCGACUGCUGGUCCAUGCUAUAAUUGUUAGCGGGUGGAUAGUAGGGGUGUAUUCCAUUGGGAAACAGACCGGCGGAGGCAAAUUUCCAGCGUGGAUAUAUCAUAAUCUAGGCCAUAUAUUAGCAGGCGAAGUCCGAUUCAAGGAGGCGGAAGCGAUGUUCACUAGGGCGCUGCAAGGCUACGAGGAGGCACUUGGACCGAAGCAUAUAUUAACACUCUCAGCGGUUUGGCGCCUAGGCAGCCUCUAUGCAGGCCAAGGCCAGCUAGCGGAGGCGGAGGUGAUAUACACUCGAGCGCUGCAAGGCUAUAAGGAGGCACUUGGACCAAAGCAUACAUCCACACUCCAGAUAGUUGGGAACCUAGGCAUCCUCUAUAGAAAGCAAGGCAAGCUAGCGGAGGCGGAGGUGAUGUACACUCAGGCGCUGCAAGGCUGCAAGGAGACACUUGGACCAAAGCAUACAUUAAUACUCUUAACG